AUGACGACGGAAGUGGCGGUCCCACCUCCACCCGCAGGGAGCGGCGAAGACGGCGGCGACGGCUCGGACCCGAGGAAACAACAAGCCAUCUCCGAUUUCACGAGAUUAAUGCUCCAACACAAAGAGUUAGACGCACGAGUACGGAAUUUACGCGCAGAGUUGAAAGAAACCAGACUACAGUUUGAUAAAACAGAACGAGAUUUGACCGCGCUCCAAUCGAUGGGGCAAAUCAUAGGGGAAGUUUUACGGCAGCUGGACGAGGAUAGGUUCAUCGUGAAAGCGAGUUCAGGACCGAGAUAUAUCGUCGGGUGCCGGUCGAAACUCGAUCGAGAGAAGUUAGUGAACGGGACGAGAGUGACGUUGGAUAUGACGACGCUGACGGUUAUGCGAGCGUUGCCGAGAGAGGUGGAUCCGGUGGUGUUUAACAUGUUGAGCGAGGCGCCAGGGAAGGUGGAGUAUUCCUCGAUUGGAGGGUUAGGGGAGCAAAUUAGGGAGUUACGAGAGAGCAUUGAGUUGCCUCUGAUGAAUCCGGAAUUGUUUUUACGGGUUGGGAUUGCGCCUCCGAAAGGAGUGUUGUUGUACGGCCCGCCCGGCACGGGGAAGACGUUGUUGGCGAAAGCGAUUGCGAGCAACAUCGAUUGCGCGUUUUUGAAAGUCGUUUCGAGCGCUAUCGUAGAUAAGUACAUCGGAGAAUCUGCGAGGUUAAUCAGAGAAAUGUUCGGGUACGCGCGAGCGAACGAACCGUGCGUUAUUUUCAUGGACGAAAUCGACGCCAUCGGAGGGAAACGAUUUAGCGAAGGGACCUCGGCCGAUCGCGAGAUUCAAAGAACGUUGAUGGAGUUGUUAAAUCAACUGGACGGCUUUGAUGUUUUAGGUAAAGUAAAAAUGGUCAUGGCGACGAACAGACCGGACGUUUUAGACCCGGCGUUGAUGCGUCCGGGACGGUUAGACCGAAAAAUUGAAAUCCCGUUGCCCAACGAACAAGGACGAGUAGAGGUGUUAAAAAUCCACGCCGCCGGUAUAAACAAACACGGCGAAAUCGAUUACGAAGCGGUCUCAAAAGUCGCCGAAAACUUUAACGCCGCGGACAUGCGAAACGUGUGCACCGAGGCAGGCAUGUUCGCCAUCAGAGAAGAUCGAGACUACGCGACGCACGACGAUUUCAUGAGAGCGGUGAGAAAAUUGGUCGAGGCGAAGAAAUUAGAACCGACGGCGAGUUACGACUCGUCGUUUAAAAACACGGACAAGUAA